UAGUAGCUUAUCAAUUUGACGAUCUUUACCAUUAGUUUACAAAAGAAUGGUUGUUUCAAGGUCUAACAUGAGCAGUCCUGACAAGGAGAGGUCUCCCUUCAAGACUCUAUUAGUAGUGGCUGUCGUGUUUUUAUCCUCUGCCUUCUCUCUGGCUGUAUUGUUCCGCAGCUUUCCUCCACUAGAUGAGUAUGACUGGGAGAGAGUGAGACUGCCAUUGACAUUGGAUGAUGCUAAAGAUCUUGGAGAACUGUUCUCAAGGCUGAAGGAGACACACUACACAACUGUCCUCUGUACAGUCGCUGUCACUUAUAUAUUUCUACAAACAUUUGCUAUUCCCGGCAGUAUCUCUCUGACUAUAUUGUCUGGCUACUUGUUUCCUUUUCCUGUGGCCCUACUGCUUGUGUGUACAUGCUCAGCUACUGGGGCCACCUUCUGUUACCUCCUCUCCUCUUUGCUGGGUGAGGGCCUACUACUCAAGUACUGUACCAAUAGAAUCACCACGUGGAGGACACAGGUGUCUGACCACCAACAUGACAUGCUCUGGUAUAUACUAUUCCUACGCAUCACACCGUUCCUGCCCAACUGGUUUAUCAACCUUGCAGCCCCGUUAGUGGGUGUUCGACUAGCACCCUUCUAUUGGGGUACAUUCCUUGGUGUGGCUCCACCCUCCUUCUUGUUCAUACGAGCUGGGACUGCAUUAUAUGAACUAACCACAACCACUGGACACAUGUCAUGGAGCUCUCUAGGUCUCCUCUGUCUAAUGGCCAUCAUCUCAUUAGCUCCAGUGCUAGCUAGGAGGUGCCUUAAGAAAAAACUAUUCUAGCCUCUUAUUUAAUAUCAUUCAUUUUCAAUUCUGUUUAUAUAAUAAAAUGACAUGUUUGUGGAGUAUA